AUGUAUCGUUUUUUGAUUCUUGUCUCUCUCGUUGGUAUUGCUAUUGCAACUGCACCUAAACCAUGCUGUACACCAAAGCAAUGGGAAGGUGUUGUUGAAACAGCCGACAUGAAUGUCGUUGGAAGCGGAAAAACUGCUAUGAACUCGACCUUUCGCGUUUUAAUGCAUAUUUCAUAUGAUUACCAAAAUAGCAAGAUUAGAGUUGAUCAGGACAUAUAUCUAACUGGUGGUAAGACAGUCCAUCAUACAGUCAUCGGCGACUAUAAGAAAGGAAAGCUCUAUUCUAUUCUCAACGGCCAUUGCCUCUCAGCUUCCAUCAAAUCACCAAUGCCCGAGGCCUGCGUUCCUGAGAUCGCUACUUUUUAUAUGGCAGGUACGCUUGGAGCUACAUUAAAGUAUAAUACCUUCGCUUAUUCCAAAAAAGAUGGAUCCUUGGGAGCGAUAAUUGAUGUAUCUGCAACGGGUUGCAUUCCAAUUGCCGUAUUAGCUUUCCAGAAAGCAAAGAUGCAGGGUAAAGCUAUUACCAAAUAUAAAGCAGCUUGGUUCAAGAACAUUACUGCAGGAAUCAAAGACUCCUCAGUUUUCGACAAGCCGAAAGAAUGCAAGCCCAUUGGAGAUUCGGAAAAUAUCGUUGUUGACUUUGAUUACUUGAAGUACUUCCAGUCUCGUCUCUUUACGGUAUCUAGAGAAAAUAAGAUGUACUUACAGGAAUCCAUUGAAGAUCUCUUCCGCAAAGACUCCGUUAGACGCUUGCAUGAAACAUUCCUAUUUUAG